UGAGCUAUGCCGUUGGUCUCUUUGCCGUUCUGAAAAGAGCCCUCAGUAUGGAGUUCCCCGACCACAGCAAGAACUUAUUGCAGAGCUUGUGGGAGCAGCAACACGAGGGCUUCCUUUGUGACUGCACCGUGCUCGUGGGCAGCACCCAGUUCCUGGCCCACCGGGCGGUCCUGGCGUCCUGCAGCGCCUUUUUCCACAUGUUCUACAAGGAGCGGCUGGACAAACGAGACUUGGUCUCUAUUAACAAUGAGAUCGUCACGGCACCGGCGUUUGGGCUGCUGCUGGAAUUCAUGUACAAGGGCAGCCUCUCCUUCAAUGACAUGCCGGUGGAAGACAUACUCGCAGCCGCCAGCUACUUGCACAUGAAUGACAUCGUCAAGGUGUGCAAGAAGAAGCUGCAGGCCCGCACCUCGACGGAAGCGGACAGCACAAAGAAGGAAGAGGAUUCCCCAGGCAGUUCAGAACAUCUGCCUAGCACCUCCAAGUGCCAACUCCAGAUACCCGAGACCCAGCCUUUACCACUGCCACCCCCUCACCCGGGUGAAGUAGAGAAGAACAAAAAAGAGGAGUGGAAAGGAGGAGAGCGAGCUGGUUCCGAGGCACCGCUGGCCUCCACUUCGGAUGUUGCAGACACCACACAGCCAGGAGUGGAAGCUCCUCCAGCACGGCCCCUUCUGCCCCCCAUCAUUGACAUUUCCCUCUCCAGCCCCAGCAGUUCCACUGAAACCAUAUCGCACAGCUGCUUUCCUCUGGGGAAUGUAGCCGAGGGACCUUCCGGCGCAGACCCCACACCAGAGAGGUAUGCGGAACACCGGGCGAGUGGCCUCAACACAUUUUGUCAGAAGGAGCCAAACAGAUCCUCCAUCAAGGUCAAGGUGGAAGCCAUUGUGAUCUCUGACGAGGAGCCUGAUGUGACAGAGCACCUCGAUGGACAGAACUCGGAGUUGAGGCUGGAGAGCAUCUUCCAGAGGUCCGCUGGGGAGUCAGGGCCAGCCGGAGGCUGCGGACGCCACCCGGACGGCUUUGAAGAGCCUGGCGGGAUGGAAGAGGUCUCGUCGGAGACUGGCUUCCUUCCUCAAGACCAUAUCCCCUAUCACAUGAUCCCCAUGGCCAGCGGGCAAAGCUUCUCCAACAUGGUGACUCCCCCCCUGCAUGAACAGAUGUACCUGCAGGAUUACGAGUCCCACUCCAACUUUGGCAUCUUCACAGAAGACGUGCCCACUUGCAAGACGUGCGGGAAAACCUUCUCGUGCUCCUAUACGCUGCGGCGCCAUGCCACCGUCCACACGCGGGAACGCCCCUACGAGUGCCGUUAUUGCAUGCGGAGUUACACCCAGUCCGGAGACCUUUACCGGCACAUCCGCAAGGCCCACAAUGAGGACCUGGCAGCCAAGCGUUGCAAACAGGAUGUGGAGAACCCCUCUUAGGGUGCUGGGGCUGGUGGUUCAGAGAUGACCAACCGGACAGUUCCUGACCUGAAAGGACGUCAUUCUCUCUCUCUCUCAACUCUGUGCAGAAGCCAUGUGACGGGCCUCCUUCCGAGCCAACGGUUGUUUUGCGUCCUAAUCGGCUCAGUCUUCCCACCUGCUCCUUAACCACUGCCCCAUCUUUGCCUCGGGAAUUUGGCAUUUGGUGUUUCCACAGGGUAGUUCUUGGGCAAUGCGGUUUCACAUCUGAACUGUCCCAUGUACAUAGUUUGGAAGAAGCCACAUACUGUUAACAGUAACUGGGAAGAGGUUUUGUUUCUUUCCCCUCUUGUAUUUAUUUCUGUAUGAACUGUCAUGGUUCCAAGUAACAGGACGUUGCUGUGGGCGUUUUUAACUCCCCCCGAAGAUUGGUACUGCUGGAUUGGGGGCAGAUAUUUUACACCAGGGAAAAUCCAGCCUCCCCCAGCUGGGUGUCCU